AUGUUUUCCAAAAUCCUGCUGUCUGCCAUCAGCCUCCUGCUUGCUCAUUUUCGGCAUUUCCUCGGCUCCUUGGUGCUUUUCAUCCCAGGUUUAAAUAAUGUCUUGCCCAGCCCAUUCAAAGAGCAAAUCACCUUCCACAGCCUGAGGGGGCUGCAGUGCAUCUCACCCUUGGUGCAGACAGUGGAGGAGAACCCUCAGCCCAUCCCAGCCAAGAUCAAAGGGCAUAUUCCCAACUGGAUUAAUGGCAACCUCCUGAGGAAUGGUCCUGGGAAGUUUGAGUUUGGUGAGGAGAAAUUUAACCACUGGUUUGAUGGCAUGGCCUUGUUGCACCAGUUCCAGCUGCAGAAUGGCACCGUGAGCUACCGGAGCAGGUUCCUGCAGAGCAGCUCCUACCUGACCAACCUCCAGCAGAACCGCAUCGUGGCCUCAGAAUUUGGGACCCUGGCCAUGCCAGACCCCUGCAAGAGCCUCUUUGGGCGCUUCCUGUCCCGCUUCCAGCUGCCACAACCCAGUGACAAUGUUAAUGUCAACUACGUGGUGUAUAAAGGAGACUAUUAUGUCAGCAGUGAGAACAUCUUCAUGUACAAGAUGGACCCAGAAACGCUGGAAACGAAGGAAAAGGUGGACUGGAGCAAAUUCAUUGCAGUGAACGGGGCCACUGCUCAUCCUCACUAUGACCCUGAUGGGACAACCUACAACAUGGGCAAUUCCUAUGGGAAACAUGGGUCCAGCUAUAAUAUCAUCCAGGUUCCUCCACAGAAGUCAGACUGCAGUGACACUUUGGAGGGAGCAAAAGUGCUGUGCUCCAUUGCUCCAAGGGACAGGAUGAAACCCUCCUACUACCACAGCUUUGGAAUGAGUGAGAACUACAUCAUUUUCAUUGAGCAGCCCAUCAAGCUGAAUCUCCUGCAGAUUAUCACUUCCAAACUCCGUGGGAAAACCAUUCUUGAUGGGAUAAGCUGGGAGCCUCAGUACAAUACUUACUUCCACGUGGUGAAUAAGCACACUGGGGAGGUGCUGCCAGGGCAGUGGUGCACUAAGCCCUUUGCUAGUUUCCACCAAAUCAAUGCCUUUGAGGAUGGGGGCUGCGUGGUGCUGGAUCUGUGCUGCCAGGAUGAUGGGACAACCCUGGCUGCUUACAAACUCCAGAACCUGAGGAGGAGUGGGGAAGGUCUGGAUCAGGUUUAUGCCUCAAUAUCACGAGCUUUCCCACGUCGCUUUGUGCUCCCUCUGCAUGUGAACCCAGACACACCCGUGGGGAAGGACCUGAACCCUCUGUCCUACACCUCGGCGAGGGCUGUGAAGGAUGCAGAGGGCAAGGUCUGGUGCACGCAUGAAAAUCUGUACUCUGAGGGCCUUGAAAAGUUUGGGGGCUUGGAGUUCCCCCAGAUCAACUACUCUGGGUACAAUGGCAGGAGGUACCGCUACUUCUACGGAUGCGGUUUUCGGCAUCUGGUGGGAGAUUCCCUGAUCAAGGUCGAUGUAGAGACCAAGAGUUUCAAGGUUUGGGAGGAGGAUGGAUGCUACCCAUCAGAGCCUGUGUUUGUGCCAGUGCCUAAUGCCACGGCAGAAGACAGUGGAGUUAUCUUGUCUGCUGUGGUCUCCCCCACUGAGAAUCAAAGUGCUUUCCUGCUCGUCUUGGAUGCAGAGACCUUCAGAGAGCUGGGGCGAGCAGAAGUCCCAGUGCAAAUGCCUUAUGGAUUCCAUGGCAUCUUUACUUCCCACUGA